UCCAAUCAUGUGUAUUCAGUCAUAGCAGACAGGUUUAAGCUUUAAAUGAAAUUAAUUUUGUUUCACCAUGGACGACCAAACGGUGAAUAAAAAAUCAUCAAUUAAUAAGCCGAUUAAUCAACCAAGCCGAAUCAGAGGAAUUUUACGUCCGGUGGAAAUUUUCUUCGAUGUGUUCUUCUCGCAUGGGGCACUGCAUGGUAUAACGUAUCUGGGAAAAGCUCUUCUUCAUUUGGUAGAGAAAGUCCUAUGGAUAGUGCUGAUUGUGAUAUCAUUGUAUUUUUGCGUGACUCUAAGUUUGGAAUCGUGGGAAAGGUUUCUCACCAAAAGUACGGUUGUUGCCAUCGAGAAGGAUCAUUACUAUUGGAACAUUUCUCUUCCGAGUUUGACCAUUUGUCCCAUGGAGCGCAUUGACCGAGAACUGUUCGACCAGUUUGCAGCUCGAUCGUUUAUGCUUGACGACGAAAAGAUAGAAAUGUUUGAGUUCAUAGAAUCGUUGGCCAAUUCUACCUACAUGAACUUCGAAAACAUAAAAGGAACUGCAAAUGUGGAUCGUAUCCUUUCGAUGCUUCGGAUAGCGCCAAAGGAUUACAUGAUACUUAUCGCCAACCUUACACAGGACCUUACCCGGCGGGAUGAUCACGAGCUGCGGGUACGAAGCCAGAACAAUCUCGAGUACAUCCGUUCGGAUCAGACGCUGACCGAGUACGGCAUUUGCUACACAACCAAUAGCUUCAUCGCACGCAAUUUAACGACGAGGUUUUCUAUCACAGCCCGUACGAUACAAUCAAUAUCGCCCGAUAUUUGCCAUACAGCAUGGAAGCGUACGAAUUUGAAGCGUACUCGAUUGAAAGUGUUACCAGUGAGGACUUCCGAGAUGAAACCACCGAAACCCGUGUGCCACUACCGUACUCUCAAGUUAUGCUUCCCACCGUUGAAAGAGCUGUUCUUAGAGUUCCGAGGAGGGCCUAACCACGACUCGAUUAACUGCUACUGUGAACAAAAUUGUGUAGACUCGAAAGUCAUUAUCGAGAGAACUCAGGUUCUUAUUGGUACUCGAAAACUGCUAGGUAGUAAUGGUGGUCUUGUUUUGAUGAAAAAGUAUCCACUAAUUCGUUUUAGUCGACAAGUGCUGUUUACCUUUACCGAUCUGCUUGUAUCUAUCGGUGGAACGGCAGGUCUAUUCCUUGGUUUCAGCGUUCUCGGAGUGGUAGAAAUUGUCUACUUUUUUACGCUUCGACUUGUAUGGUACUGUUUGGGUCAUCGCUAAUGGGAACGUUAUAAAUUGAUAUCUGCUUCAUCAUUUGAAUGUGAUCCAAAUGACAACGCACUAUCGCAUCGCCAUUGAUGGGUCGGUCAGAAAAAUAACGAACGCCGCCAUACAACGCAACACGCUCAUUAUAUUGUGUCUUUGUGGCACCGAGGUCCAGCACAUCAUUCGACAACGACAACGAAUAAGGUCAUCCCGGUGGAGGUGAUUGCGAAAUAAUCACUAGGACUUGGACGCUACACAGAGCAGGAAUUGUGGAAU